GCUGAGAGCGAGCGAGCGAGCGAUUGAGCGCGCGAGCCAGCAGAGAGACGCGCUCACUAAUCUCCAGGGAAACGGGCCCGUUCGGAAAAACCCGGUACCGAGUCAGCGGAGGCCAUAAACGCCGCUACUCCGCCUGAGUGCAGGAGCAGAAGCGCUGCUGAAGAGUUUGUGAGAGACAGACACGCAGUCGUGGAGGAUGAGCCUGCGCUUUGAAGCCGUGUAGACCCUGAGGGCAUUUUCCUGAGUGAGCUCUGACCCCCCGCAGCUCUGCUCUGCUCUGCUCUCUGGGAGCGCGUGCAUGUCGGUGGGGGUGUGUGUGUGUGUAUGUGUAUGUGUGUGUAUGUGUGUGUGCGUCCUCUGAGACCUGCGCGAGCCCCCGCUCCGUCCUGCCCCGCUCGUCGUACCGGACCAAUGAGGUUCUACGCGAGCCGCUAAAUUGCAGCGCGAGCUCUCCAAGCCUGCACACUCCGCUGUUUUUUUCCCCCUGAUGGACUGCAUGCAUUCAACACGGACUAGUAAAAUGCAUUGGAUCACUCUGCUGCUGGCCGGCUUCACUUUUUGGGGCAAAGUGUCCGUGUACAACUGCUUAGAUUACGAAGAGAGCUUUGACUAUUAUGAAGAGGAGAAAACGGAGACCAUAGACUACAAAGAUCCCUGCAAAGCCGCUGUCUUUUGGGGAGAUAUCGCGUUGGAUGAGGAGGAUCUGAAAAUGUUUCAGGUGGACAGGACGAUAGACCUCGUUCGACACCAACAUGUGAGGCAAGGGCACACGUCGGGUGGUGCAGAAGAGCACGACUCCACUAAAAAGCGAGGACAGUUAUACCUCCUACUAGAGAGAAUACGACGACUAGGUCUCGAACCGACUAAGAACUCGAGUAAGGAGGAGAGCUCGCGAGCUGGCUCAGUGGGCAGUGGGGAAAGAGAGAGAAGGGUGAGAGGAGGUAAAUCUCGUGUCCCACGAGCUGCCACUUCCAGAGCAGAGCGAAUCUGGCCCGGAGGUGUCAUCCCUUACGUUAUAGGAGGCAACUUCACUGGCAGUCAAAGAGCGAUGUUUAAGCAGGCCAUGAGACACUGGGAGAAACAGACCUGUGUGACCUUCGUUGAGAAAACAGAUGAAGAGAGCUACAUCGUCUUCACAUACCGGCCCUGCGGAUGCUGUUCCUAUGUGGGUCGUCGUGGUAACGGGCCUCAGGCCAUCUCCAUUGGGAAAAACUGCGACAAGUUUGGCAUUGUGGUUCAUGAGCUGGGUCAUGUGAUCGGAUUCUGGCAUGAGCACACACGGCCCGAUCGCGACGAUCAUGUGACCAUCAUUAGGGACAACAUUCAGCCCGGUCAGGAAUAUAACUUUCUAAAGAUGGAGCCCGGUGAAGUGAACUCUCUCGGCGAGCCAUAUGACUUUGACAGCAUCAUGCAUUAUGCCAGAAACACUUUCUCCAGGGGAAUGUUUUUGGACACCAUCCUCCCCUCUCGUGAUGAGAACGGCGUCCGGCCUGCGAUCGGGCAGAGAACCAGGCUCAGCAAAGGAGACAUUUCACAAGCCAAGAAACUCUACAGGUGUCCAGCAUGUGGUGAGACAUUGCAAGACUCAGCGGGCAACUUUUCAUCUCCCGGUUACCCGAACGGAUACCCUUCAUACACACACUGUGUCUGGAGGAUCUCAGUCACACCCGGGGAGAAGAUAGUGCUCAACUUCACCACCAUGGACCUCUACAAGAGCAGUCUGUGCUGGUACGACUACAUCGAGGUGCGGGACGGGUACUGGAGGAAAGCCCCUCUUCUAGGUCGUUUUUGUGGUGAUAAGAUUCCAGAAACGCUGAUCUCCACGGACAGUCGGAUGUGGAUCGAGUUUCGCAGCAGCAGUAACUGGGUGGGAAAAGGCUUCUCUGCCGUAUACGAAGCGGUUUGCGGUGGGGACGUCAGUAAAGAUUCAGGGCAGAUUCAGUCUCCAAACUACCCAGAUGACUACAGGCCCUCUAAGGAGUGUGUGUGGAGGAUCACCGUGUCUGAGGGCUACAGCGUGGGCCUCAGCUUUCAGGCCUUUGAGAUCGAGAGGCAUGAUAGCUGUGCAUAUGACUAUCUGGAGGUGCGGGAUGGCCUUUCUGAAAGCAGCCCCCUGAUUGGUCGAUUCUGUGGCUAUGACAUCCCUGAAGACAUUCGCUCCACCUCCAACACGCUGUGGAUGAAAUUUGUUUCAGAUGGAACUGUGAAUAAAGCUGGCUUCGCUGCAAAUUUCUUUAAAGAGGAGGACGAGUGCAUGAAGCCAGAUAAUGGUGGCUGUGAGCAGAGGUGUGUGAACACUUUGGGGAGCUUCAAGUGUGCGUGUGACCCUGGAUACGAACUGGCCCCGGAUAAAAAAAGUUGUGAAGCUGCGUGUGGAGGUCUGCUGUCCAAACUGAAUGGCACAAUCACCACCCCAGGCUGGCCGAAAGAAUACCCGCCCAACAAGAACUGUGUUUGGCAAGUGGUGGCCCCCACGCAGUACCGCAUAUCUGUGCAGUUUGAGGCCUUUGAAUUGGAGGGGAACGAGGUGUGUAAGUAUGACUUUGUGGAGGUGCGGAGCGGCCUCUCUUCUGACUCUAAGCUUCAUGGGAAAUAUUGUGGCACGGAAGUUCCCGAGGUCAUCACUUCCCAGUACAACAACAUGCGCAUCGAGUUUAAGUCGGACAACACCGUUUCAAAGAAAGGCUUCAAAGCACACUUCUUUUCUGAUAAACCUGCAACCUGCAAAGCACGGAUCUUUAUAUUUAAGUCCUGUCAGGACAUAGCUUCACGUCCUUCUGCUCGUAGGGCAGCCAUAGGGCAGGUCACAGAUAAGGACGAGUGCUCAAAGGAUAACGGCGGAUGCCAGCAUGAGUGCAUCAACAUCAUCGGCAGCUAUGUUUGCCAGUGUCGCAAUGGCUUUAUACUGCACGAGAACAAGCAUGACUGCAAAGAAGCGGAGUGUGAGCACAAGAUCCACAGCCCCACCGGCACCAUAAGUAGCCCCAACUGGCCUGAUAAGUACCCCAGCAGGAAGGAGUGUACCUGGGACAUCACUGCCACUCCAGGCCACCGCGUCAAAAUUUCGUUUAACGAGUUUGAGAUUGAGCAGCACCAGGAAUGCGCAUACGAUCACCUGGAGGCCUUCGACGGCGACUCGGACAAGGCGCCCAUUCUGAGUCGGCUCUGCGGCAGCAAGCUUCCAGAGCCCCUUGUCUCCACGGGCAACAGGAUUUACCUGCGCUUCAUCUCCGACGCCUCAGUGCAGCGCAAGGGCUUCCACGCUACACACUCCACAGAGUGUGGAGGCAGGCUGAGGGCUGAGGCCAGGCAGAAGAACCUGUACUCUCACGCACAGUUCGGAGACAAUAACUAUCCGGGCCACACAGACUGCGAGUGGCUAAUCACAGCCGAGGCAGGUUACAGCAUCGAGCUCACCUUCACCACCUUUGAGCUGGAGGAGGAAGCAGAGUGUGGAUAUGACUACAUCGAGCUGUACGAUGGGCAAGACACGUCAGCACACAAACUAGGACGCUUCUGUGGCUCUGGGCCCCGUGAGGAACUGUAUUCAGCCAGCGACGCCAUGCUGAUUCGCUUCCACAGCGACGACACCAUCAGUAAGAAAGGCUUCCACAUCCGCUACACAAGCACCAAGUUCCAGGAGGAGUUACACACGCACAAGUAACACACCCACACACACGCCUCCAGGACAAAGGGUGCCACAGACUGAAAAAGGCACACAGAUUCUCGAGAGUAAAGAUACUCUAAGGCUUUCCUGCACUGGAUUUGCCUCCAUGUUAUCAGCCACUAGGAGUGCGCUGUUCAUCAGACUCCUAGCUCCAAUCAAUAAACUGGAGGCAAGCUCCGCCCAUUUUGCCACAGACUGAUGCUCGGUCGGACCGUGGCAGGCAGCCAUUUGCAAACUCCUGUCUAUACUAUACACCCAAAUACACAAAAUAAUAUUCUAAAAACUGAAACGCUUCUCUUCAAGAGAGAAGCUUAUUGUAGAUGCUGCACAUGAAAAGAGACAAAGUCUUAAAACGAGUAGGUCAUUUUCAAGCCUGUGAAAAAAAAAAAAAACCCUGUUGUUGUGUUAUGUGUCAUAAUUUUACAAGCUAAGGACAACAUGGGAAGUCUGCUUCUGAGCAACUAAGCUGCUGUUGUCACACUGUAACUUAAAAUGUGUGUGCACUCGUCUGCAUGUUUUCAUUUAGGUGCGUGUACAUGCCUGUGGGAUUUUUCUUUAAAAAAAUGAAAUCAAAAGAAAUCUUUAAUGUUAUGACAUCUGUGGCUGUUUACAUGUAAUGAUAUAUAAUUUAUAUAUGAAUGUAAGGAAGUAUGCAGAGAUAAAGAGCAACCUUAGAAUCCUGAUCUCAUUAGUUCUACGGAUAAAAUCAUGUUUUUCAGCGUCAACAGGCUUGUAAGAUCUAACAUCACGGUUUCAAUGUCAUUACAUUCUAAUUAAGAACAUUGAGCUCUCAUGUAUAGAAUUUUUUGUCUCGCAGUCCCUGAAAGCCACACAUGAAAUUUGUCUUGUUUGUUUAUGAGGGUGUACACGAGUGUUUUUCUUACAAAAGCUGUAAAGCAGAAGUAAAGCCUUGUAUGAAGUGUGCGUUACAGCUGUGAAAACCCCCAUAAUCCUGUGCGCUUAACAUGCACUUAGCACAGAGGAUGAGGAAGAGAGACUCUAUCCAGCUGUGCGCUUAACUAUUCAUGCUCUCCAAACUAACGUUUCCAGUGUUGUUGGAGGCAAAUGAACUACAGUCGACUCAGUCGCAGGGAGUCGAUUCAGUCACAGGGAGUCGAUUCAGUAACAGGGAGUCGAUUCAGUAACAGCGAGUCGAUUCGGUCACACGGAGUUCACUCAGUCACAGGGAACCUUUCCUGGGAUGAUCAAUGAGACACAUUUUCCUGGAACUCCUAUUCAUUUUGAGAUUUGUUCUCCUGAAAACACACGAGGCAAGCGGACGGCGAGGUGAUCGCUGUGGAAGGGAAAUCCUAAUGGUGCUACUCAGAGCUUCAGAACUACAGAUCCUGUGAGGCAACGAUCCAGACACUCGGUGUGCACUGUUCAUGAUUUACAGGCAGCAGGAAAGGAACGCUGCGACAUUAGCACACACACAUCAUUGACAGCGCCACUACUGUGGACGAGCAACUAUGGCCUUAGAACCAAAAUGUAUAUUAUUGCACAUGUGGAUGUUUAUGUAGAUAAUGUUUGUUGUGUCAUUGUUUUUUUAAUUAUUAAUGUAUUUUAUUUGAUAUUGAAUUUAAUGAACUUGAACAAUCAUCCUUAAAAAAAAAAAAAAAAGUCUGACCUAAAGUUUUUCCUUUCUCUCCAAAUUCCAGUACAGAUGUAUAUAUAUAUACACACACACACAGCCAGCCACACACACAAGAUUUUAAAAUGUUUCCGUUUGCAACACGACACAAUGGGUCUCAUUUAUCAAUCUUUAUCAAGCUUUUAUCAGUCUAAAAUUGUGUUUCCAAUUCAAAAUUUCAGUAAUGCAGUUUCGCUUUGUACUCAUGUGCAUAUGUUGAUCAACGACAAUCAUCUGUAAAUUACCAAGUGUGUUCACGGCACAGCUGAUUUACACUCAGCGAUGCCCACAAAAGAAAGAUUUAAGUGCAGUGUAUUGGCAACAAGUGCAGCAUAUUGGCUACAACAGACACACACUGACUUUUCCUCUUUUAUAGGGUGCCAUUUCUUUUGACCUAAUUGAACAGCUAGACUUAUUUGUCAUAAUUUAUGGAUUUGUUUUUUCGAUCGCUUUCUUGCAAAUCAUUAAUAUGAAACAGCUGACAAGAAAAUGCAGUAAAUUCCUGUGUGUAGUUAAAAUAAAUAAGCAUUUCAAUUUGACAGCUUGAUAAUCGAGGCCCAUGGUGUAUCUGAUAAUGAGAAGUGUAUGUGAGAGUGUGUGCCACUCAGACACACCUAAACCCCUGUGAUAUUUUAUGACUAUUUCUGGUGUUGGUGUCUCUUCAUGUGCCAAGUUCCCACUUUGCCCUAAUUCAGUUUAUAGAAUAUGAAAUAUGAUUUUCUUCCCUCUCUGUAUCUGCCUGAUAAAAAAGACUCAUCACCCUGCUGGUGAUUAAACUGAUGUCAGGUCAAAGAUGUGCUUGUGUU